AUGAAAGCCUCCUCUAUAUUAAUUACCUUUCUAAUUUCUCUAGUCGGCGCUCAAAAGGAUACCGGCUCCUUAGAUGGCCAAGACUCUAAAGAUAGCUCCCAAAAAAAAAGCAGCAACUCUCAAGAAACAGCAUCUGUUACAAAGGAUGAUCAAAAAAUCACAUCUGUAACCAUUUCUACCGAGAAAGUUCCGGUACAAACCAGCAACGCCGUCAGCAAUACCUAUGCCGUCGCUCCAAGUGCCACUGUAGUAACCACGGAUGCUCAGGGGAAAACUACCACACAGUACCUAUGGUGGGUUGCCGAAACCAACUCUGCUGCUACUACAAUCUCAACUGUGUCUGUGCAACCCAGAAGUGAAGCGUCAAGUAUAAAGGACAGCUCCGCCUCCUACACAGCAACAUCGGCAGACACACCAAUCACCAUAGUAACCACCACAAACUCGUUAGGUGAAGCAUACACAUCAACUAUUUGGUGGCUACCAUCAUCCGCUGUAACGGGCAGCACAGCUUCAUCAAGUAAACUAUCAUCAGGAUCUUCAUUAAAGAGUUCAUCGAACUCUAAGGAAGUAAGCACUAUCAGAUCUGCCUAUGUAACUACAUCGGGUUCCAAAGUAGAAACAUUGACCACUACAUACAAGUCUACAGUGAACGCUAAGGUAGCAUCCGGAAUCUCUAACUCCACCAACGGUGCCUUUGCUGGUACUCACAUAGCCUACGGUGCUGGUAUAUUUGCCGUUGGGGCACUCUUAUUAUAG